AUGAACGAAAAAAAGUUGGUUCAAAACUUCAAGAGCUAUAUCAACGUAUCUUUGGAUGCCAAAGGGGAAAAAAAUGGUUCGCUACAAGAAGUAAAACCUAAUUUACUAAAUGGCGAGCUGGUCACCGGUGCGGCCCACAGCGUGGUGAUGUUGACUCCUCUCAGUGAAUGGGACCGUGGACGCUUCGGUUCGCUUUUUAUCACGAACUACAAAUUGUCCUUUGUACCCUUGGAGAACUCCAGCAACGAUGAGUAUUGUCAAAGAAAUUUCCUUCUGGGCGCCUUCGAUGUACCUCUUACCGGCGUAGGCGCAGUAUGGCUCACGGACGGGGGGCCGUCUCGCCGGAGACGACUCAUGCCAUACGGCGAAGUACCGGGGAAGGUUAAAGGACUUCAAGUUAUAUGUAAGAAUAUGAAGGUCCUGACAUUCAGCUUCGCAAACUCUCCAAUCGACAACGGUAGAAAGAUCGCUCUAGCACUAAUGCAUCACGCAUUUCCGAAACGCCACGACUUACUCUUUGCCUUCGAAUAUAGAGAACCAUACUACCCCACUCUCCCUUCUGACAUGAACAUGUUCCAACGAACAGGAGAUUGGAAAAGAGAAUUAGAAAGAUGUGAAUGUCCCCAUUGGAGAAUAACGUGUAUAAAUGGAACGUCAGACGCUUUUAUGUUGACUGCAGGGGAGACUUUAAUUGUGCCCAGUUCAGUGUUAGAUUAUAAUCUCAUGGAAUCGGCGAGACACUUUCGGUCAGGGAGGGUACCUAUAUGGGUUUGGGGGAGGGCAGAAGGUGCAGCCUUGUUGAGAAGUGGGGAGCUAUUGCCGACGGAACAGUCAUCUACGGCGGAAAGUGUUUUAUUAGAACAGGUGCGCCGUUCACAUCCAAAACUUACGCCUCCCCAUGUCAUAUAUCUAUGUGGGAACACGUAUACAAACACAGGUGGACCAGGGAUUCUACCACCACUAGCUACUUUACAAACUUCAUAUAAGAAACUGGCCGAUCUGUGUACGCCAACAACUCUUGGAGGGUUUUGGAUACAAGACUCCCAAUACUACUCCAUAUUAGAUUCGAGUAAGUGGUUGCGGUACGUCGCCAAUUGCAUCGCGUUCGCCGACGAAGCUGCGCAACAUCUCGGCAACAACGUCACGGUCGUCUUGCAAGAAGGUGACGGAGUAGACUACUGCGCUGUGGUGUCGUGUCUGACACAAUUGCUAGUAGAUCCACACUUCAGGACGAUCUCGGGCUUCCAGUCGCUCAUACAGAAAGAGUGGGUCGCCCUCGGACACCCAUUCUGUGAUAGGUUCGGUCUUCCCCGUCCCGGCAACCCAAAGGAGUUGACCCCGAAGGACGCGACGACGGCGCAGAUAGCGCCGGUGUUCCUGCUGUACCUGGACAGCGUGUGGCAGCUCCUGCAGCAGUUCCCGGCACACUUCCAGUUCAGCGAGACCUACCUCACCACCCUGUGGGACUGUGCACACAACCACAUAUUUGAUACUUUCCUGUUCAAUUGCGCAAGGGACAGAGAGUUGGCUGUGACUAGGAACUUCGUCCAGAGGCCUGUAUGGGACUGGGGCGAGCAGUUCUCAGAGCAAGACAAGGCGUUGUUCUAUAACCCGCUGUUCAUGGGAGUCAAACCUGCUCUACCGUCGCAAAGGCUGUCCCUGAGCCCGCAGGGGGGUGGGGGCGGCGCGGAGCCGGCGCGGCUGAGGCCGGCCUCGAGCGUGGCGGCGCUGGAGCUGUGGGCGCAGUGCUACGAGCGCUGGCUGCUGCCGCUCGACGCGCGCGGCGCGGGACACGUGCAGCUCCACGUGCACAACUACAGCGUGCGCGCUGAGAUACAGCAGUUAAAUGAGAAGCUGACGUCUUUGUCGAUACUGUCUCGACGUCAGUCCAAUAGCGACGAGUCCGCUGCGCCCCGACGACGGAACGUGUCGCGGUUCUUCCCCUUCAGCCUCAACCGGUCUGACGUCAUCGCCGCCAACCUCGACUCCAUGCAAGUCAGCCUUAUAGACGCUAGUCAACUCGUCGAGUCACAGUCCUUACUCAACGCACCCGACUAA